AUGUCGAAAAGAUCAAUAAUUGUAAUUUACAAAGGUGAUACCAUUAAUUUACCUUUAAAUGAAAAUGGAAAUCUGAAUUUAUGUACUUUAAAAAGUUAUUAUCCCGACGCGCAAGGCUUAACCUACAAAACAGGGGGGCAAAGACAUGCUGUGGAGAUUCAUUCUGAUGAAAUGAUUAUUAGAAAUCCGAACUUGGAAUAUGAAGUUUACAUUAUUGAAAAAAGUAAGAAAAUUAAACAUUCAAAAAAAUCCAAAGUCAGAGAAAUUCAUGUAGGAUGGCUCCAUCGAGAAUCUUUUACCGAAAAAUAUAAGCAAAUGAAAACACCGCUUGGAGGCAUAAAAACGAUACCUUCACGUCACCCAUGGGAAUAUUCGAUGCCUGACAUAAAGGAGCAGAUGAUCAAAAUUUUUGACAGCUCAAUUCUGCCAUUUGACCGGCUUGAUGUUCAGGUUGGCACAUUUGAUGCUAAAUGUCUUUCUUCAUUCAAAAGUAGCAAUAAUGAUGAUGAUGACUUGUGGACUUAUAUAAGAAACGAAAAAAUUGUGGUUUCUCGUUUUCGACUCUAUUUAUUAAUUACACCAAAAGAAAAUAUUGAUCCUGAGAAAACUCAUGAGAGUUCGAAGAUAUCGGAAGAGUUAAGUAGCUACAAAUCUUUAAUUAGUUCUAAAAAUGAUGAGUUUUCAACAGUAUCAUCAAUAACUCAAUCGGUAUUAACGACUCGGGAGAAGCAUACAGUAAAAGAGUCAUCAACACAUAAAAAUUACGAAUGCUUGGAGAUAUUGGAAGAGUCGAACAACUUCAAGUCUUUGACCAGCUCUAAAAAUGAUAAGCUUUCAACUGCAUCAUCGUUAAUAAUCCAACCGCUAUCAAGGGCUCGGGAGAAGCUUACAAUGUCAGAGUCACCGCCAAAAUGUUCCGAAAAUAAUGACUUAUUAUUAUCAUCAUUUAUUGAUUUUUCGGAAUCAAAGAUAGAUGAUAAUACUGUGGCAAAUGAAUCUAGAACUCCAGCUGAUAUGAGUAAUGAUGAUGAUGAUAAUGUAUGUAUCACUUAUGAACGGGUAGUGGUUUCCGAAUAUUCGAAUGAUUUGUCAAUUGCUUAUUAUUCAAAAGAAGAUUUAUACAAUACAGAAAUCGAGAACGUAGGAAAUUUAUCAAUGGAUGAAUUUGACCCUGUUCUGAAUGGUUUCAGAAUUUCCUCUAUUUCUGUGAAUGGCAAGGUUUUAUUGGACAUUUACACUGAUUCGGACAUGACUCGGAUGUAUACUUUUUCGUCAACGAAAACCAUUCAUGGUGGUUAUCAUUACAUUCUUCAUGAUACACAAGAAUUGCACGGAAAGUGCAAUGGAGUCCAUGGAGUUGGCAUUAUCACCAAUUGCACUGAUGACUGUGGAACCAUUUUUACGUGGUAUGAGAACGGUAAAUUACUAAAACAGGAAAAAUUUGGAUAUUGGCUGUCAAAUAUAGCUUCAGACCGAAAAUACCACUGUGUUUUCUCGUGCAAGUACAAUUCUUUGAAAAAAGAAGCUUGUAAAUUAUCUUAUCAUUAA